GGGAGACUCCCAGGUUCUCUUUGACAGCAGGGAUCUUGCUUUCUUCCACUGACAAACAGGAAAUGGCGACCACCGCUUCUAGACUGGGUGACGCAGUACUGCCCGUCGCUCCUGUCAUCCAGGCCCCUGGCCCAAUGGCAGGCUGAAUCCCCCCUACUCCAGCCUGCUCCCGCCUCUUCUGCCCCUGGUGCUCCGCGCUACCUGCUGCCGCGCGCCACAUCCAGGACAGAGAGGCCGGUGCGCGGGCGGGCGGCGAGCACCAUGCGGGGAGGCUGUCCCCAGGGGUGGGCAGCACCACUCUCUGCUACCCACCUGGCGCUGUGAAACCUGCGUCGCCACCAUGUUCCCCAGCCCUGCGCUCACACCCACGCCUUUCUCAGUCAAAGACAUCCUGAACCUGGAGCAGCAGCAGCGCAGCCUGGCGUCUGGGGACCUGUCUGCGCGCCUCGAAGCCACCCUGGCGCCCGCCUCCUGCAUGCUGGCCGCCUUCAAGCCCGAGGCCUACUCCGGGCCUGAGGCGGCAGCGUCCGGUCUGGCAGAGUUGCGCGCGGAGCUGGGCCCCGCGCCUUCGCCCACCAAGUGUUCUCCUGCUUUCCCAGCGGCCCCCACAUUUUAUCCGCGAGCCUAUGGUGACCCUGACCCAGCCAAAGACCCUCGGGCAGAUAAAAAAGAGCUGUGCGCGCUGCAGAAGGCGGUGGAGCUGGACAAAGCCGAAACGGACGGCGCCGAGCGACCACGCGCGCGGCGGCGACGAAAGCCACGCGUGCUCUUCUCGCAGGCGCAGGUCUACGAGCUGGAGCGGCGCUUCAAGCAACAGCGGUACCUGUCGGCGCCCGAGCGCGACCAGCUGGCCAGCGUGCUGAAGCUCACGUCCACGCAGGUCAAGAUCUGGUUCCAGAACCGUCGCUACAAGUGUAAGCGACAGCGGCAGGACCAGACUCUGGAGCUGCUGGGGCCGCCGCCGCCGCCCGCCCGCAGGAUCGCAGUGCCCGUGCUGGUGCGCGACGGGAAGCCCUGCCUGGGGGACUCCGCGGCCUAUGCUCCCGCCUACGGUGUGGGUCUCAAUGCCUAUGGUUACAACGCCUACCCCUACCCCGGCUAUGGCGGCGCGGCCUGCAGUCCCGGCUACAGCUGCGCCGCCUACCCCGCCGCGCCCCCCGCCGCGCAGCCCCCAGCCGCCUCCGCCAACAGCAACUUCGUGAACUUCGGCGUCGGGGACUUGAACACCGUGCAGAGUCCCGGGAUGCCGCAGGGCAAUUCGGGUGUCUCCACGCUGCACGGCAUCCGAGCCUGGUAGGGAAAGAGCUCGUUUGGGGCGCCCCGGACCGACUCCCACCUUUAGGAGAAGGGCGAUGACUCUGGGGAUGGGGAAGCUCCCACUAUGCCCUGUCCCUCGGAUUUCACACCCACCCUCGCGCAGGCCUGGGACCUUUCUCCGAUCCAUCCCUCUUUGUUGACGUAGCCUGGUGUCUCGACCCUGGCAGAGCCUUUCCAGAGUCACGGGCACCCUCGACGGAUUCCACACUAGGACCCAGAGCCUGGGCCGGGCGCCCGGGCCCUGGUAGCCUUGCCGCCGCCUACCCACCCGUAUUUAUGUUUUUACCUGUUGUAAGAAAUGAGAACCCUCUUCCCAUUAAAGUGAGUGCGCUAACGCACGUGGGCUUCUUUUAGGAUUUCUGAGCGAGCGCAGAGGCCCCUCCAGGUCUCAGGCAUAGGACACAUUAAUAGAACCUGCACCCAUAAAAGCUAAGGCGCCCCACACCCCUCGUUAGGUGUUUUCUGAAGUCCAACGGUUUUUUCGGAGGGGCGGUCUUUUUUUCAAGUUUACCCGCGGAGGGAGUGAGGGGUCUUAUGACUUGCUUGUGAGCCAAUGGGUGUAGAAGGUCAGCGUCUUCUCGCAUCAGAGAAGGAGUAAAAGCUGAUCCUAGAGCGCCCACCCUCAGUUCAACUUGAUUCACUGUUGCUGGGCGUCGAGGGAAGAGCAGCUCCCUAAGUCUUCUGCUUAACGCCACAGCCCUUUUACUGAUGGAAGAGCCAAGGACCCUUGUCCAGCUUCCCCGAGACUCUGACCCACAUUGGAAGCCCCUGGGGUCCUUUGCCAGCCUCAGGAGCUUUUUUCGGCUAAGCACAGAGGCCAAACCUAAACCGGGUUGGGGGAUGGUGUUCAC